UCUGUUUGGAAACGCGGGAAGGAAGUCAAGUUGAAACAAGCUUAACCCAAACAAGCCACAACAGCAGAAAUGCCGACUUCAAUAUGAACAAUCAGGAAUUUUAAUCAAAAAUUCAUUCGGCAAAUCUUUUUGUUUUAAAUUUGACAAUGUUAUGAUUUGUUAACAAUAUCUUAAACCGCCCAAGUAUCGGUCUUACCCAACCUGAAAUUCCAUUAUGAGCGAUGAAGUUGGAGGUUCGAAGUCUGACGAAAGUUUAGCCUCAACCCAACCGUGUGGAAAGAGGAAGUAUGGAGGGCUGUUCUUGCUUGGAUGUAAUGGUAGUCUUCCAAACGGCGAGCGAGGUCGUAAGCGAUCAAAAUUUAUUCUUGAAGAACGAGACUUACCAAAUGGGGUGAAGAAAGCAAAUGUUUCGGUUGUUACGAAUCCUAAGUCGUCAAAGGCAGUUCAAGAUCAUAACUCAUGGACUAUUUCAUUUACCAUUUCAAAAGAUGAAUCAAUUAUCGUAGAAUGUGCCCAUGACAAAGAAACAGACAUGUUUCAGAUUGGAAGAUCAUAUAAUAAAAUCAUAGAUUAUGUAGUUUUGGACAAAUGCACUGGGGAGGGCAAAAUGCACCAAAGUACAAUUUCCAGGUUUGCUUGCCGAAUUAUUGCAAGUAGGUCUGAUCAAAGUGAUGUAAAACUGUUUGCUGCUGGUUUUGGAGGCGAUAAAAAUAUAUUUCUUGGUGAAAAAGCUGUUAAAUGGAAAACAAGUGAUGGAACAGAUGUAGAUGCCUUGACAACAAAUGGUGUACUACUGUGUAAUCCUAAUGGGUCAUAUUCUGGUGGUGAAUUGGAGGCUGGCUUAUGGAGAGAAGUGUCUGUAUUUGGUAGUAUAUUUUCUAUUCGGGGUUUUAGGUCAUCUCAAGAGAAAGGCCGAAAGAUUGAAGGGGGGACCAACAUUCUUCGUGAUGGAUCUUUGAUUGAUUUAUGUGGAGCUACGUUGUUAUGGAGAUCUGCAGAGGGCCUGGAAAAAUGUGUUACUAAAGAUUACAUCGAAAAGCUUGUAGAAAUGUUGAAUGAGGACAAAGAUGACAAGCUGGAUCCUUUGGUGAUUCCAAGGAAAAGUAGCUCCAGUGAUGUAGAUUCAGACUCUGCGGACCAACCUAGUGUAUUUCUCAAUUGUGGCCAUAUUCAUGGAGGGAGUGCUCCACCUAAGCAAUGUCCUUCUUGCCACAAAAUUGGUCCCUCUCAAAAAAUAUGCAUGGGUAUGGAGGGAGCAUUUUACAUUGAUGAUGUUGAUGAUCCUCACCCUGUUAACCUUUUUGCUUUCAACCCAUGUGGCCAUAUUGCAACUGAGAAAACAGUGAAAUACUGGUCUACAGUCUCAGUGCCUCAUGGAACAAGUGCUUUCCAAGCUAUUUGCCCUUUCUGUGCAACUGAGCUACAAGGAAAUCCUGGGUAUGUCAAUUUAAAAUUUAAUCAAGGAGUGAAGUGAAAGGCCACUACACAAUUUCUUUUGAAUGGUUGCUUUCAUAGUUUAAAGUAUGCUUGCUCAAUUGUAAAAAACAAACAAACUAAAAACCAACUGUGUGUACUGUCAUGUGAUAUUAGUAAUAAUGUUAAAAAAUAACUCACUGUGGGCCAAUGUAUUUUAGAUUGGGGAUUGAAUUAGUUCCAACUAUAGGUAACGACUGUUUUAAAAGGAAUGAAGUUAAUACAGUAAAAUACUAGGGUGUGAAAAUAAAACCACAUGAUUCACUACA